ACGCGAAAAGAACAUGGCGACGGUGGUCUCGUAGCAGUGGAUGCUCUCUCUCGGCAAUCGCAAUUUUGUUAGUGUUCUCGACGUAAUUCCGAAGUAAUUGUAAAUCGUCCGGUAAGUCGUGAAAACCAGGACACAAUGAGCUUCUUCAGCAAGGUGUUCGGCGGCAAGAAGGAGUCGGCCGCUCCGUCGACGGCCGAGGCGAUUCAGAAAUUGCGCGAGACAGAGGAUAUGCUGAUAAAGAAGCAGGACUUUCUGGAGACGAAAAUAGAGAAUGAGAUGAUGAUUGCGAAGAAAAAUGCGUCAAAGAACAAGCGAGCUGCUAUCCAAGCACUGAAAAGAAAGAAACGGUACGAGAAGCAGCUGCAGCAGAUCGAUGGAACGUUGUCAACGAUUGAGAUGCAAAGGGAAGCGUUAGAGAGCGCGAACACAAAUACUGCUGUUCUUACAACUAUGAAAGGUGCUGCGGAUGCAAUGAAGGCUGCACAUCAACACAUGGAUGUUGACCAAGUGCAUGAUAUGAUGGAUGACAUAGCGGAACAACAGGAUGUAGCCAGGGAAAUUUCCGAUGCCAUCUCGAAUCCAGUCGCAUUCGGUCAAGAUGCCGAUGAGGACGAGCUGGAGAAGGAAUUGGAGGAACUUCAACAAGAACAACUCGACGAAGAAUUGCUCGGUAUACCGCAACAUGAUACAACGACAGAUGAACUGCCAGCGGUACCGACUUCAGUUCCUGCCGUGCCAAGCAAAACCCGCACAAAAGCUAAACCGGAAGAAGACGAUGACCUGAAAGAACUGGAGGCAUGGGCUUCAUAAAGUGAUAUUAGAAGUGAUGUUGAAAUCAAAGAUACAAGACAUUUCUAGAUAACUGUAAAUUAUAUAUUAUUACCACCAUGCGUAAUGUUAUCAUAUCUUGCAUUAAAUAACCGGCUAAAAUAAACUUUUAAUAUGAGCUCGCAAUUUUAAUAAGCUUCUUAAGCACAACUGUCGAAGAAAAAAGUUUAAUACUAAAGUGAAUAAUUAAGCAUUAGUAGAAAUUGUGUUGCUGUAUUUUUAUGCUGUGGUGAUUAUUACUAACGAGUGAAUAAUAAUAGAUCUGGUUGGUGGACGUUCACAUCAGUUAGUGACAAGGAUUGAGUAAUAUAUUUUAUACAGUAAAUAUAUUGAGAAGUAAAUGGAAACGUGAGUACUUCAAAGGUGGUAAAUGUGCAGUUCAUGUAACAUAUAAAUAUAUAAAUAUAAAGAAAAUAUAUAUAUAU